AUGGAUCGUUUAAUCAUCUUACUAGCUAUUCUUUUGAUGGUAGGAAACAACUAUGCCUUUGAUAUUCCUCAAGCUCUUGAGGUUCCAAUAGAAGAGGAGUUUCAAUUGACUUAAACUUAGUUCAAUUUGCUAUACAGCGUGUUUGCAAUUCCAAACAUAGGUUUGAGUAUCGGAGGAGGCAUAAUGAUAGACAAUAUGGGAGGCCGUUGGGGAGUGUUUACUUUUAGUCUUUUGCUGGGCCUAUCAUAAUUGUUUAUAUUUUUUGGAGGAUGCUAUCAUAAUUACUGUAUGAUGCUUUGUGGUAGAGCUAUAUUUGGUAUUGCAAGCGAUAUUUUACACAUUGCUGUGUUUAAAAUGGUAGCCUAGCGAAUGCCCAAGGAUAUGGGUACUGCAAUGGGAUUGAUACUCACAGUCCCAGAAUUGGCAGCUGCUCUUAAUUCGUUUUUAUCACCUUAUUUAUUUGAGAAGACUAAUUCACUAAAAAUACCAUUGUUGUUUGGAUUAUUCUUAUGUUUUUUGUCCUUCUUAUCAGGGUUAAUGAUGAUUUACGUAGAUAUGAAAUACGAAAAAGUAGAAAGUGUGAAAUAAACUGAAUAGAUAUCAGUGUUUAAUUUUAAGCUUACGAAACCCUUUGUAAUAAUGAGCAUAAUAACUACUUUGAUGUUAGCUUCCUAUGUGCCAUUCCUUGAUAAUGCUAAUAAGUUUUACCAUGAACGCUUUGGAUUUAGCAUAAUGGAUGCUGGUCAAAUAGUAACUGUGGGAUAUGUGGUAGCAGCGAUUACAUCUCCGGUUGUGGGAAGGAUUUCAGACAAGUUUACGAAUUAUAGACCAUUUUUUAUUGUAGUGUCAACAAUCAUGUUUUUUAUAUCCCAUUUGCAAUUUUAUUAUAUGCCUUUGACGACAUCUCCAAAUUAUUAUUCAGUUUUUGCUUUGAUUACAUUGGGGUUAUCAUAUUCAUGUUUUUCGAGUGUUUUAAUGCCUGCUCUACAAUCCACAGUUCCUGAAGAUAUGCUUGCAACUGCUUUGGGUUUAUUGGGGAUAAUAGAGAAUUUCUGUAUGGCUGUUGUUCCAAUGAUUUCUGGUUUUGUAUAUGCAAUUGGUGGUGGCAUAGAUCCAAUGAAAAAUGUGGAUAUCAUAUAUUUGUUCUUGGCAGGAAUUGGAGUGGUUCUUUCAAUUCAUUUAUUGAUGGAGAACAUUCUGAAGCCAGCCAAGGCACAUUCAAAAUUGCCAAAUGCCCUGGAUAUUUGA